UCCAUUUAAUUAGCUCCAAAAAAGUACCAGGGUAUCCUCUAGUCGUUGCCCUCAACUCUUGUACUUUUUUGUACUCUCCUUUUCGGAGUGAGCGAGUUAUAAUUGCGAAAAAGUAUUCAAUGCUGUGAAAGGAGAAGCAGGGGAAUGAAGGAGGCUUGAAAGAAGCCCCCGCUGAAAGAGCAGAGCACAUCGCAGCAGCCGCCAGAGCCGUCAUAUUGCCCGUCGCAGAAAAUUGAAUGAGAAAUCUGUAGCCCGAAUGAAUGGGAAAAUGAAUGAAAGACAAAAGUGUUUCUCGUUGGGUGGGAGGGCAUUUAAUCACCAAUCCCACACACACACCCCACCACCCCAGCACCCCAGCACCCCACUUAGGCCGAAACCCUCGCAUAAUUCAUUUAGUGGGUGGCACUGAAUGCAAGGCUUAAGCUUAAGAGGGGGUGGUGCCAGGGGUUCAGUGCAAUGCUGCAAUGCGGGUGGAUCGGUGGCACCCAAAAGGCGCUUAGGGCCCCGCCAUAACUGCAAUCUAGUCACAGGCACCACUCCCCCACUCUCCCUCCCCCUCUACCACCCCUUUGUGACAGUCUCAUAAUCGUAGGCGAGACACAAAACAGCUGUCAAUGGGAGGUCGUGGCAAAUUUUUGGGAAAUGCACUUUGACACGACGCCGGACAACCCCUGCACCUUCUGUGGGUUCAAGGGGUGUGAGGUGGGCGCCUUCAUUGAUACAAAAAUAGCACGAAGAAAGUCCCAAAUCUAACGGGAACCCAUCAUAGCGCCUCCUCUACCCUUGAUUCUCUUUAAAAAAUCAAUUUUCCCUCCGCAUCUUAACCCUUUCUGGGUAUUUCUGGUACUAUUUUGGUCAUAUCCCCAUAGAAAUAUCAAAUCUCUUCACUUUUUUUAGGCAUAAGUGAGGCGGGUGGGCUGCUCUGUGCGGAUUCAUUAAGAUUUUUCAUUCCAUUGAAACAUGAGGAUUCUGAGUAGAGAUUUUUCCAUCAUAUCAUAAAAUACGGGUGCCACAGUCGUUGCCGCCUCCGCCGCUGCCAUAGAAAUAUAUUUACAAUUUUCCCCGUGACGUGCGUAAUGAUGCCGCCGAGGCUUAGAGAUGAAUGGAGGUCUGGCCCUCGGGCUCCCGCCUCCUGCCUCCUGGUUGAGUGGAUGCCAUGCGAAUGAGGAUUUUCGUGCUGGAUUUUCCAUGGCGUUUUUGUGUUGUCUAGGCAAUGCCUCAGCGCACAUUUUUCCAUAUGCAACCGCGGCGAUGGAUGCAUUUUCCGGGCACUCAUUUUACACCCAACCUCUCGCAUAGCCUCCUGUCUGUCUGCCUUUCAGUCUCGUCUAAGGAAGACCUUGCGGUGCAUUGAACUUUCUAUCUCGUUUCGAACAGCUUUCUAGUGUUUCCUGCAGUUCAUUUGCUUUCUUUUUGCGGCGGAAAUUUUAUAUUUUUGGGUACUUUUCGUACACGUUUGUUUAAAGAUAUUAUCCGUAAAGAGUGGACUAAUUACCAGCUAUAAUUUAGCCUAAAAAUUAAAUAUUCCAAGACUCGAAUUCACUCGGUGUUUUGCCGUUGAACGGUAGGGAUAUUCAGGGUAUUAAUCCACUCGAUUUAGGGGAGCAUCAGCACUUCCAAAACAUCAUCAAACAUCUUGAGGAAAUUCUAGAAGCACAGGUCUAAAAAACCAUGAAAAUUACCUACCGAAUGUCCUAUAUAUAAAGUGCUUUCCAUUAUUCUUGAAAAAUGUGUCUCCUUUUGACGAAAAAUCCUCCUGAAUGUCGAAAAUAUGAAGCUUUUUCCACUAUCCAUUCGUUUCCAUAGCUUUUCCAAUACACAAUUCCAUUCAAAGCCUUUCUGCAGACAAAACAAAGCUAAUGCCUUAAUUUAUGGAAAUGACUCGCCUAAUGGAUCCAUCAUCAUUCCCAAUAAAUAACCGAAAAAACCCCUUCGGGAAAACACCGUCAUUCCCUCCAGUCAUCCACAAUGUGGCACAAAGUGGAGUAUCAGCGACAGCGGAAGAGACCCACGCAUGUGGGUUAUCGAAUUUUCCUACAGUCCACCGCUUGGCUUCUCUACGGCAUCGCCUACGGCUGUAAUUUCUUCAGGGCAAAGUGGAACCCAUGCGCCGGACGCCUCGAGGAACGACAGUACAAUCGGAUAGUGUACAAGCUGAUAAUUAUCCUGAAGAUAGUGCUCAUCGCGAGCCAAUAUCUCGUGUACUUUGUAAUGCUUCUGGCCGUCUACAUUCACUACUCGCUCGUGGAGAAGAGCAGUGCCCAGAACUUUGUGAUGGGCAUCUUUUCACAGGGCAUCGAAUACAAUGUCUUUCGGCGACUGGUCAUCUUUUUGCACCUCAAACGGGACCGAAUAUUCGUGAGGCAGACGGUGAAUGAGAUCCUUCAGAUAUCGGAGGAGAUUGAGCAAAAGUUUGGCCUCAUCUACCACUGCGAUGCGAGUCUUUUGGGUGUGUAUUUCCUGAAGCUUUUCCUGCUCUACGUGCACAUCAGUUCGUACUUGUACAAGACCUACUUUCUGCUCAUAAAUCUCCUCUAUUGGAUGCUCCUCGAGUACUGCUUUAUGGGCUGGUUCCUCUACCAGCAGCUGCUGCUCAAUUGGUACCGGAAUAUCACCACAUUCCUGCAGCGCUUCAUCGACGAUCACAAGGAUCGGCAGAGGAUCCUGGGCCGCUAUCAUCGGCGUCUGUUCUUGCUCUUUGAGCUCCAUCUGCGCAUCAAUAAUCUCCAUCGAAGCAUCAACGACAGCCUCUCGUGGCUGUCCACCUCCAUCUACCUGAUGAUCUUUGUCUGCAGCUUCAAACUGGAGCUGCUCAUCGAGUGCAUCAUGUUCGGGGAGGAUGAGCUCGAGAACAAGCUCUACAUCAUUGCCGAUGGGUGUCUGGGUCCCGUUUUCAUUCCCCUUCUGUAUGUCCUGCUCAUUGGACUCUGCACGGAUCGUUUGCGCGAUGCAGAGCUCGUGAUGCAGCAGCAGAUUGUCAUCAUUCAUGGGCUGUACAUUAGGAAGGCCCCCUCUCGUACUCAGGCCACAAAGCUCCUCUACAACGAGCACACCUCGCUGAUCAUCCAUCAGAAGCUGGAACCUCUGCAGAAUUUGAUUAUUUUGGGCACCACCUGCGAUCGAGGCUUCGCCUUUGAUUAUCUCUUGACGGCCAUCCUUACGGCUCUGUCUUUUAUCCAGUACACCCUAUCGUGUGGUGACUAUCCCAUCAAUGAGUGUGCAACGCACAAGUAGAGCAGGAGUAGAGGGGGGAGGGGGG